AUGUCGAUUCGACAUAGAUUUUCUUCUCAAAGAAAUAACGAAGAGAAAACAUCGAUCAUCAACAAUUCUGAAGAACGAUUAUCAAACAGUGUCUCUUCUGCUUAUCAACGACCAAGAUUUGAAUAUUUGCGAUAUAAAUUACAAGAAAUGUUUGUAUCUAAACUUAACCAUAAGAAUUUGGGUACUUUGUUGGUGUCAAUAAAUGCUAUUUACACAAAUCCAAUUCUGGAUAAGAUUGUAUUUUCACGAUAUCCAAUAAAUCCUUGACUUUGUGAAGCAGAAAUUUAUGUAUGUUAG